AUGUAUUUUGAUUCAUAUCAAAACACUUUUGCAAGUGAUGUUCUCGAGUUUUUCGGAUUGGUGAAAUUGGAAAACUUCAGUCUGCAAGCGUCAGUGAAAGACACUUCGGAUUUGGAAGGAGAGCCCAAAAAUUGCGAUUCAGCUGACAAACUUAGUGUCGAAAACAAGGCAGAUCCUUUUUUGGUAGAAUUUAGUGACAGACUAGAUCCGGAACACCCGCAUAACUGGCCCAGCGUUAAGCGCUUUGUCGUCGUGUGCAAUGUGAUGCUUCUUACAUGCGUCACAUACAUGGGAACGUCUUUUUACACUCCAGGACAGGACAGCAUACAGGAAGAGUUUCAUGUGGGACACGUAGUCGGUACACUCAAUCUGUCAUUGUAUAUUUUGGGGUUCGGACUGGGACCACUCGUGUUUGGACCGCUUUCUGAGUUUGUUGCAUUUGGACGUCAACCGCUUUUCAUCGGAACUCUGUUUAUGUAUAUGAUGAUGCACAUGGGGUGUGCUUUGGUCGAUAAUAUAGCUGGAUUGUUAAUUCUUCGGUUUCUGGCCGGAGUGUUUUGCUCUCCAUCACUGACCAACGGUGCUGCUUCUGUUGCAGACGUUGUUAAGCCGCAGCAUGUUCCAAUAGUGCUUGGACUAUGGUCAAUUGGUGCUCUAGCAGGCCCCGCUACGGGUCCCCUGCUCGGUGCCUCCAUGCUCGUUACAAAGAAUUGGCGUUAUAUGUUCUGGCUGAUGAUGUGGAUAAGUGCUGGGACAUUGCUCUCCAUGACCUUUUUCUUCCCAGAGACGAACGAGGACACGAUCCUGUACCGCAGAUGCCGAAGAAUCAGAAAGAUCACCGGUGACAAUAGGUACUACACAUUGAAGUCCAAGGAAGAAGAAAAACUCUCUUUCCGAGAGAUAAUGGUCGCCACAUUGUACAGGCCAUUCGAGAUUCUGGCCAGGGAGCCAAUCGUGGUGGCUUUGAACGUAUACCAUGCGGUCGAGUACGGGGUUUUCUACCUAUUUUUCGAAGCGUUCCCCAUCCUUUUCAGCAAAGUGUAUCAUUUCACAGCGGUGGAGCUAGGGUUGGCGUACCUUGGAUUCUGCGUUGGUUGUGUCACCGCUUAUGGGGUCGCAAUGGUAUUUUUCAAGUUCUACGCAACCAAACGAAUAGCCAACAACACCUUCGUACCGGAAACACAUCUGAUUUUGACCAUAUGGGUUUGUUGGACACUACCUUGCUCGCUGUUCCUUUUCGGGUGGGCAGCGUCCGUCCAUUGGAUUAUACCAGUCAUCACAGAGGUUAUCUUUGUGGUUGGCCAGUUCAAUGUUUUCCAAUCGGUUUUUUCCUACAUGGCGAUGUCGUACCCUAAAUACACAGCUUCGGUUUUUGCUGGGAACAAUGUAUGUCGUGCGAUCUUCGCGUGUAUUUUCCCUCUGUUCGGUAAAGCGAUGUACGACAAUCUGGCAAUUGAUGGGUACCCUGUGGCCUGGGGCUCAUCGCUGGUGGGAUUUUUGUGUUUAGCGCUUGCCCUUGUCCCCUUUGUGCUAUUCAGAUACGGCGCUUACUUACGGAGCAAAUCGAGGUUUGCUCAAUGA